CAAAAGUACAGUGUCAGUUUCCUUUGCAACAAUCCAACAACAGAACUGAACUGAAAGUAACAACAACAAACAGUUCCAAACAUUUAUCACCCACAAAAAUGGGUAACUCACACGGACAUCAUCGCAAACACCGUUUUUCUGUCCCUAACAACACGGUUCCUCCACCACCUUAUAAAUACGAAAACUCUCAACAUCACUAUCCACCAAACCAAAACCAAGGUACUUCCAAUUCCAACAUCACCAUGACAACUUUGCCUUACGCUAACGCCGACAUCUCUCUCCGCUCCCUCGCUGCUCAAGCUGAAGGCUUUGGCCGCUGCGCUAUCGGUGGACUUCAUGGUUCUCUUUAUCAUGUUACAUCACUCUUAGAUGAUGGACCAGGAUCAUUGCGUGACGCGUGUCGCAAAAAAGAACCUUUGUGGAUUGUUUUUGAGGUUUCGGGUACAAUUCAUCUUUCGUCUUACUUGAGUGUGUCGUCAUACAAGACCAUUGAUGGAAGGGGCCAAAAGAUUAAGCUGACUGGAAAGGGGCUUAGGCUGAAAGAAUGUGAACAUGUAAUCAUUUGUAAUUUAGAGAUAGAAGGCGGCAGAGGACCUGAUGUUGAUGCUAUUCAGAUCAAACCUAACUCAAAACAUAUAUGGAUAGAUCGUUGCACUUUGAGUGAUUUUGAAGAUGGGCUCAUUGAUAUCACUCGAGGCAGCACUGAUAUUACUAUUUCAAGGUGUCAUUUUCAUCAGCAUGACAAAACAAUACUCAUUGGAUCAGAUCCCAAACAUGUUGAUGAUAGAUGCAUGAAGGUUACCAUACACCACUGUUUUUUCGACGGUACUCGACAGAGACAUCCUCGUGUUAGGUUUGCAAAAGUACACCUGUACAAUAAUUACUCCAGAAAUUGGGGCAUAUAUGCUGUUUGUGCAAGUGUGGAAUCCCAGAUAUUCUCACAACAUAAUAUCUAUGAAGCGGGCCAGAAGAAAGUUGCUUUUAAGUAUCUUCAUGAGAAGGCAGCAGACAAAGAUGCUGAAGCAACUGGCCACAUAAUUUCUGAAGGAGACUUAUUCAUAAAUGGUUCUCAAUCAGGGUUGAUGACAGAGAAUGUUGGUUGUAACAAGUUUCAUCCUGGUGAACACUAUCAGACAUGGACAGUGGAACCUCCUACAGAUGAUCUAAAGCAAGUUCUUCAUCACUGUACUGGAUGGCAAUCUGUUGCGAGGCCAGCGGAUCAAGCCGUUUGAGCAGAAUAGAAGCUAUAGUAACAGCAUACAUUCACUUACCGCUGUAAGCUGAACUGGUUGAUUUCCCGGCCCCAAGUCUAUUUUAGGCCUAGAAAGUUAGUUUAUAGUUCAUGUGUUAUGUGUAUAUAGUUUAUAUACAUAAGUAAAAGUGCUUUCACCAUGGUCUACUAGGUCUUACCGAUACUCUCAAGACCUGAAAGUUUACAAUAAUAAUAGUAUGAUUUUGCUAACAUCAAUCAAAUAAUUAAGACUGGGAUUAAGAAGUGGAAAGUUUAUUGAGAGAAAACAUUUCUUACAUUGAAUAUGCAGAAAUGUAAUAAAAGUACUCUGUUUUUCAA